GCAUGAAGCCUCCGUCUCACAGCCGCAUGUGUAGUUACUAUUGAAGCAAAUGUCUACCUAAUUUGACAGUCUUGGUGUGUUUAAAAUUUUUUGAGUUUGCAAAUAAGCUUAUUAAGUCUACUGAUGGAGCCUUCGGGCAGUGAACAAUUUUAUGAGGACCCUGAUCCUGAAGGCAAAUCCCAAGAUGCAGAGGCCAGAAAGCAGACAGAAUCAGAACAAAAGUUGUCUAAAAUGACCCACAAUGCUUUGGAGAACAUUAAUGUGAUUGGCCAAGGCUUGAAGCAUCUCUUCCAGCACCAGCGCAGGAGGUCAUCAGUGUCUCCACACGAUGUGCAACAAAUUCAGGCAGAUCCAGAACCUGAAAUGGAUCUGGAAAGCCAGAACGCAUGUGCUGAGAUUGAUGGUGUCCCCACCCACCCCACAGCUCUGAAUCGUGUCCUGCAGCAGAUCCGAGUGCCACCCAAGAUGAAGAGAGGGACGAGCUUGCAUAGUAGGCGGGGCAAGCCAGAGGCCCCAAAGGGAAGUCCCCAAAUCAACAGGAAAUCUGGCCAGGAGAUGGCACCUGUUAUGCAGUCUGGCCGACCCAGGUCUUCAUCUACUACUGAUGCUCCGACCAGCUCUGCUGUCAUGGAAAUAGCUUGUGCUGCUGCUGCUGCUGCUGCAUGUCUGCCAGGGGAUGAGGCACCUCCAGAGCGGAUCGAGCGGUUGGAAGUAAGCAGCCUCGCCCAGACUUCCAGUGCAGUGGCCUCCAGCACCGAUGGCAGCAUCCACACAGACUCUGUGGAUGGAACACCAGACCCUCAGCGUACAAAGGCUGCUAUUGCUCACCUGCAGCAGAAGAUCUUGAAGCUCACAGAACAGAUUAAGAUUGCACAAACAGCCCGGGAUGACAACGUUGCUGAGUACUUGAAGCUUGCCAACAGCGCAGAUAAGCAGCAGGCCGCCCGCAUCAAGCAGGUCUUUGAGAAAAAGAACCAGAAAUCUGCCCAAACCAUUCUCCAGUUGCAAAAGAAGCUUGAGCACUACCACAGGAAGCUCCGAGAAGUGGAACAGAAUGGGAUUCCCCGGCAGCCAAAGGAUGUCUUCAGGGACAUGCACCAGGGUUUGAAGGAUGUGGGAGCAAAGGUGACUGGCUUCAGUGAAGGUGUGGUUGAUAGUGUCAAAGGUGGACUUUCCAGCUUCUCCCAGGCAACCCAUUCAGCAGCAGGAGCCGUGGUCUCAAAGCCCAGAGAGAUUGCCUCACUAAUUCGGAAUAAAUUUGGCAGUGCAGACAACAUCCCUAACCUGAAGGACUCUUUAGAAGAAGGGCAAGUAGAUGAUGGGGGGAAGGCUUUAGGAGUGAUUUCAAACUUUCAGUCAAGCCCAAAAUAUGGUAGUGAGGAAGAUUGUUCUAGUGCCACUUCAGGCUCAGUGGGAGCCAACAGCACCACUGGAGGCAUCGCUGUAGGAGCAUCUAGCUCCAAAACAAAUACCCUGGACAUGCAGAGCUCAGGAUUUGAUGCACUACUACAUGAGAUCCAGGAGAUCCGGGAAACCCAGGCCAGACUAGAGGAAUCCUUUGAAACCCUCAAGGAACAUUAUCAGAGGGACUAUUCAUUAAUAAUGCAGGCCUUACAGGAAGAGCGAUAUAGAUGUGAACGACUAGAAGAACAACUAAAUGACCUAACAGAGCUCCAUCAGAAUGAAAUCUUGAACCUGAAGCAGGAACUGGCCAGCAUGGAAGAGAAAAUUGCGUAUCAGUCCUAUGAACGGGCCCGGGACAUCCAGGAGGCCCUGGAGGCGUGCCAGACCCGCAUCUCCAAGAUGGAGCUGCAACAGCAGCAGCAGCAGGUGGUACAGCUGGAGGGGCUAGAGAAUGCCACUGCCCGGAACCUAUUGGGCAAACUCAUCAACAUUCUUCUGGCUGUCAUGGCAGUUCUUUUGGUCUUUGUCUCCACAGUAGCCAACUGCGUGGUUCCUCUAAUGAAGACGCGCAACAGGACGUUCAGCACUUUAUUCCUUGUGGUUUUCAUUGCCUUUCUCUGGAAGCACUGGGAUGCCCUCUUCAGCUAUGUGGAACGGUUCUUUUCAUCCCCCAGAUGAUGCUGGCAAAAGAAGGCAGUGCUCCCCUACCCUCUGGCGAGUGCAUGCAGCAAAGAAUUAGACAGCAACUUACCUACUCUGACGUUUUCUACAACAACAGAAGAGUUGAGUGAAUCUGUUUACAUUUAGAAUAAUGUUUUUUUUCUUCAAGAGAUGCAAUUGCAAUAGUAUUUUUUAGAUUUUAUCCAAGAAGUUUUUUGGGCAAAAAUCUUGGAUCAUUUUUAUGUAGCAUGAUUUUCCUUGGGAUGCAAAUCUUAAACAGUCCUUUAACAUGAACCAACAAUCUGGAGCACACUGAAGGGCAUCGAAAUUGUGGCUUGAAGGACUGCACUAAAACCCACUAAAAAGAUGUGAAACCUGAUUAGGGAAACUGGUUAAACCUAACACCCUGCCUUGUCUGGGCUCACCACCUCUUUUCCUCCCAGACUAACUUUACUGUGAAAUCGUACCACAUUCCAUGUCUGAAUUUUUGGAUUCAGGGUGGAUUUUCCUUGUCCGUGGAAGAACAUAUGAAUCUCCCUGGCUUUUUCACCCGAGUUGGCCGCUCACACUAACGCUGGAAGUAUGAUCGCUUUUGAACCUGGUCCCUUAACCUUUGCUAGGAUGCAAAAGUGAGAACAUCAUGCCCCACAGGAUCACCGCACAGUCCUACUACAGUAUUUUGAAGUAGCCCUCCAAAUACUUAAUUUUAAGCAAAAUCCCAUGGCCGCACUUUUAAGUUGUUUUUUUAAUAUGUGUAUAGUCACCAAUUUAAAAAAACAAAAAGUCCGAACAGCAUACUUGAAGAAUGUACUACUCAAACUCUCAGUGCUUCCUUAUGGUUUCUAAUAGGAUUUUUUAUUGUUGUUAUUAUUAUUAUUGGGUUUUUUUGGAAAGGGUUGGGAGGGUCUUUUAUUUUUCCUUUGAAAUAAAGAAGUGAUGUUUUUAAAUGAAGAAACGUGUGGAUAUUUAAGUGUGCUGCUCCCUCCUGUCAUGAAACAGUUUGAGUAAGGGAAGACUCGCUGUAAAUGCUGCCCUCCAAUACCCUUGUGUUGCGAUGCAGCUUAAACUCCCUCUUCUGGCUGCUGCUGCUGCUUUUUGGUGUUUGCCGCCCCUCCCCCCACCACUUCCUGGGCUUGGCUUGGUUGGAGAGGGAAGGGGUGUGCAGGGAGAAGCUCAGUAGGGUAGACAUUUUUUGCCCUGAGUAAAUGAUCAGUCUGACUUUGGGCUGGGGUUUGUCUUUAGGAAAAAGCAAGACUGUUUAAGAGAGUCAUAAAUAAUUCCUUAUGAUUUCCUUAAUUUAUUUUUUAACACCCUCUAAUUACUGAAACCAAAGUGAUUUUGAAUCUUCUGUCUACAUUUUGGCCUCUGCAUCCUUAAUUUCAAAGCUUUAUUUUGUCUGCCUGAGAGAAUCCACUGAAGGUGAUUCUCAUUAAAGAGCAGAGGAGAUAUCAGGUUAGAAGGAACCAAGUUUGGGGUAUAAAAUGCUGUCAAUUUUCUAUGUAUAUAGGCUGACUUAUUAACAUAACUAUGCUCAGUGGACUUUUAUAGACAGUUCUCAAAAAUGGACUGACACUUCUUCCUUAUCCUAUAGCCAGUUCCACCAUCCUGGUAGAACUUGGGCUUUCAGAGCUUAUUUAGAAAGUUUGGCUAAUCUUUUCUUGUCUGUAGUGUUGAAUCACAAAAUGUUGUUCCCUCUUGGCCUCAGCCCUGUGCAACCAAGUGAUGAGCAAGGGGCACAAGAUGUGCCCUCAGAAUAAUAGCAGAAUAGGCUUUGCCUAUUUCCCCCAUCCCUAGGAAAUUCCUUUGAAACCAGAUUAGCAUUGCCUUGUCCGUCUGAAAGCGUGGUUUACACGACAGCUCCAGCCUCCUGGGGUUUGGCAGGCUGGCCUUCUCAGAGUCAGCAUGUUGUUACCAUAAUCAUUUCGAUAUUUUAACUCAGGUACCCCAGUCUUCAUUCCAUUCCCAGAUGACUGUAGCACACCUGUUAGUUCUGUUGACCUCUCAAAAUUAGUGCCCAGAGCAGGGACCAGGGUUAAUUUUUUUUUUUAAUCACAGGGUGAUUUUUUUUUUAAUAAUGGGAACCAUUUCGUGUUCAGCCAAAAACAAUUGUUCCCAAACAUGUGUAUUUAAAAUGUUAACUUUGCCUAAAAAUAUUGCAGUGACUUUAGACAGGAGUGCCAAAGGACACGUGACCUUGCUGAACUAGCAGUUGACCCUUUCUGCCGGAACUUACUGCUCAGAAUAGAGGACCCUACAAAGUUAUUGGAAAGAUUCUCUAGCCACAGUCCUCCAGUUUUUCUAAGAUGGAACCUUUGAGUCCCCUAAACUAUGUUGAGACUAUUAAGUUUUGUGGGCACUUGAAGUCACUGUGAUAGAUGAAUUGUUCCAGAUGCCCUGGAAUGGUUUCAGUCAAAGGAAGGUUUUCACCUCCGGAAAGCCCCCUGAGCUCCCAGCCAAACAUGCCCGUGCUAACUCUGCAUCUUCCUCUGUCGUGCCGUCUUAGGAAGGCCCUCCAGGCUGGGUCAGGCACAGUAAUGGCCUUCUGUCUCUUGAUUGUUCACCAGGCCGAACAGUUGUCUGUUUUUAAUGCUUUUUGUGACCAUGACUCUGUUUUGAUGCCUUUCCCCAUUUUCCGCACCUAUUACCUUUGAGCUUCUUUGCAUCAUGGCUGUUCUUGGAUUCUCUCAUCUGUUCAAAGCUCUUCUAUAACUUCACUCUAAUGAUUUAACAAUUUUUCUGUGGGUGGAAAAUUCCCCUCAUUUUAAUGCUUCUUCUCUUUUAAAGACUACAUGCAUUCCUUUUGAAAUGAAGCAUUCCUGGAUUACUUGUUAGUGGUGGUGCAAGGCUGGCUGUGGUGGCCUGGGUGACUCUUCAGGUUGUAGAAUGCUGAUACUUUACUCGUUUAUGAUCAUUGAAGGAGGUGUCUGCUCCAAUUUCAAUUCUUUGGUAUAUACUCAGUGCAUCCUAGCAAGGAAGGCUUUCUAUUCCACAGGCUCCUACAGUAAAAGUAGGUUGAAUUUUACCCUUCACUGACGGUGGUGCCCUUCUCUCCCCUGUACCCCCUCCACCCAAUUGAGGGAAAAAUCAGAUACCAAGAAUAGUACUGGGAUCAAGCCUUCCUUGCUAGCCAUGUCCUAUUAAUAAGCAUAUUUUUAUGUGGUUUUCACUGCAUUUGGUUUUGUUGGUAAUUUCAUAUUCCUUUGAGGUACAGUCAGAUGAAAUGCUGAAUUCUGAGUGAGUUCCAGAAAGGAGCUGCCUUCCAGCUUUGGAAAAUAUGCAUCCAAAACAAAACCAAAUAUUCCACAAAUUCACAGAGGCAAAAUUUUGGUUCUCACCCCCAAAUGAGACUGGGGAUUUUGAAUGUGGCUCUAAGAGUUAACCUUUCUGUCUGUUAUGUAUGCUAGGUGAUACCCUCAGUAGGAUUGACUACUAGACUGUAAGUGUGUUUUAUCAAGGUGUGUAAGAGUAAAAACUCACUUGCACGAAUUGAAAAGUACAGAAAUGACACUUGUGAACGUGUGAACGUUAACACUGUAGUUGGUAGAUCUUAAGCUGCUAAUUGUUGAGAGAGAAUUACGUUUGCGUCUGUCUGGCUGCUGCAGACCCGCAGCAGCACUUUCACUGUACAUACGAAUUGAAAUAAAGACCUCGGCUGUUAAUGAGGUGG